AUGGAUGCCGAAAAAGUUGCCGAACUCCGAAAGAAGCGUCAAUUCCGCAAAUUCACCUUUCGUGGAAUUGAGUUGGAAGCUCUUCUAGACUUGACAAAUGAUGAAUUGAUGGACAUUGUUACUUGCCGUGCCCGUCGCCGCAUGUCCCGUGGUCUCAAGAGAAAGCCCAUGGCAUUGAUCAAGAGAUUGAGACAAGCCAAGAAGGAGGCCCCACCAGGCGAAAAGCCCCGUGGUAUCAAGACCCACCUCCGAAACAUGAUCAUUGUUCCAGAAAUGAUUGGAUCAAUUGUCGGUAUCUACAACGGAAAGAUGUUCUGUGGUGUUGAAAUGAAGCCAGAGAUGGUUGGUAUGUACUUGGGUGAAUUCGCCGUCACGUACAAGCCAGUCAGACACGGACGUCCUGGUGUCUCUGCUGCCCACCAAACAAGAUUCAUUCCUCUUUAA